AUGACUUUACUAUCGCUAUUCUUAGGUUCCAAAACUGUGAUUCUUGACGAGCCGACUGCUGGUAUAGAUCCUUUCGCUAGACGUGCCAUCUGGGAUCUUAUACUCAAGUACAAAGAAGGCCGCACUGUUAUCAUAGCUACUCAUUAUAUGGAAGAGGCCGAUAUUCUUGGCGACCGUAUUGCCAUUCUAUCGGAGGCUAGCAACUCUCAUGAAUCUUAUGAGGUGAACGGUGAUGCAGAUUUGCUUCAUGUCUGUUCAGGUGAUAGUCUCGAGGAGUUCCUUUUAUGGCUGAACGGCUACGGAAAUAAGGUUGUGGUGCUUGACUGUUACCGUGGCCAAGCUGAGCUCGGUCUUUCUGAUUGGAGCAACUCCCAAGCAUGUCAUUUCAUUUAG